GGUCUACCUAAUCAUGAAGCUCUACCAGAUCACCCUUGCUGCCACGGCUCUGCUGGCUCCUGUUUUCGCAACGAGCAUCAGCGAUCUGCCCACCUGCGCGCAAUCAUGCGCAACCAACGCAAUCCCCUCUUCUUGCAGUCUGAUUGACAUCAAGUGUAUCUGCGAGUCGGGUACAUUCAUCACUGACAUUGCCUGCUGCGUUGCUUCUUCCUGUGACUCGGCAGACCAGGAGAAAACAAUCGAAUACGCCGAUGAACUAUGCGGUAGCGCCGGAGUCAGCGACCUCCCCCAGUCUGCAACGUGCGCAACAACCGCCAACUCAACCACCACAGCGAGUACCUCUGGCGCAUCGGGCGUCUCCUCGAGCAACACCACCGUCAGCAGUACUACUACAGCGUCAGGCAGCUCAUCCAAUACCGCCCAGACUGCCAGUUCGGCUUCGACGGCCUCGGCCACCAGCACGGGAGGUGCGGCGCCCGUUUCGAUGAACAAGGAGAUGGUCAUUGUUGGUGUGGCGGGUGUGCUUGCCGCAUUGGCUUUGGUAUAG